AUGCGCUUGACGCUCAACCUCCUCCUCCCGCCCCUUCGCCUCAAUAAUGUCUUGCCUCAGACCCACCACUGCCCGCCGCCGCCUUCAUCAACCCUCUCGCCCCGACCCAGCCUCACCACGGCCUUCGCCCAACUCAGCACUUCGCCACUCGCCCGCACUCAUCGGACGUCUUCCAUUCUCUCCUCCGUUCAUCUCUCCGCAGCGCAUCUAAACCCUCGUCAACCCCUACUACCACCAACAUCGACACGCUCCGAACGCUCUCACUACCUUCUUCGCCUUCAGCUUAACGCUUUUGUGACAAUCAUGCCUGCCGGUCGAGGCGGCACUCAAGAGGCGCUCACGCUCUUUGGCGCGGCGCCUCGUCCCGACGACGGCAACAAGCAGGGCCGGCCCCUCCAGGUGACGACCAACCUCUUCCGCGUCCACAUCAAGGGUAGGGCCCUGGAUCACAUCCAGCAGCUCGACGUCAAGAUCGAGCCGAUCGAGGAUCCUUCUGCCGCUCGUCGUCCCGGCGCUGGUCCCCGUCGCGAGUCUUUGCCGUUUCGCCUCAACAUCAAAGUGCUCCAGCACAGCCUGCGUACCGCUGCUCAACAGCAGCUUCAAGGCAUCACCGACCAAUUCGCCAACUUCAUCGUUUACGACGGCCGUGCCAUCGCCUACACCGCCUUCGCCCUUCCCGCCGAAACGCUCGAGUUGGUGACCGAGCUCCCGCACAACGCCGAUCUGCCCGCCGCCCCCGGCGCUCCUGGUGCCGCUAGUUCCGCCCCUCUUCGUGCGCCCGGCGCCGGCCCCGCCGCAGGUUCAGCUCCUGCCACCGCCCCUCGUAGCGAUCGCCGCUUCCGGAUCAAGCUGGCAUUUGCACGCAACAUCGACAUCGGUCUCGUUCUCGACGCGUGCCACGGCGACCGACGCGCCAUCAUGGCUACCGCUGCCAACCCGCAGGAGCUUGUCCAGGAUGGCAUCCAAGCCAUCGAUAUCCUGCUUCGCAUGGGCCUAAAGGCCCGCUACCAGUCCGGCACCACCGCCAACGCCGCUCGUAAGUUUUAUGAUCCUACCAAGCCCAUUCAUAUCUCGCAGGGCGCGCAGAUUUGGCCCGGUUUCUUCCAGUCGGCCCGUCCUUGCGCCGCCGGCCUCGUGGUCAACCUAGACCCCGCCUACUCGGCCUUUGUCGGCGGUGGCCCCUUCAUCGAGGUCGCCGCCAAGUUACUCAGCAUCGGCGGCCCCGGUAGCUUCGACGGCGGUCGCGGUGGUCGCGGCGGACGAGGCGGACGAGGCGGCCGUGGUGGCCGCGGUGGCGGUGACUUUGGCGGCCCCCGUGGCCCCGUCACCCUCACCUCGCUCACCCAGCAGGACCAGCGCCAGCUGCGUCUGCGCCUCAAGAAUGUCGGCAUUCGCGUCACUCAUCGCGCCACCAACAAGCUCGAGUCCUUCCAGGGCUUUACUCCUCGCGCUGCCGACGAGACCGAGUUCCAGACCAAGGACGGCAAAAACUACACCAUCGCUCAGUACUUCCUCGAGAAGUACAACUUUCGCCUGCGCUUCCCCCGCCUGCCUUGCGUGCGCAUCGGCGCCCAGCGCUCCGCCGUCCCCAUGGAGUGCUGCGAGGUCGUGCCGCUCGGGCCCAUCCCUGCCACGAGCCUCACGCCCAUGCAGGCCGCCGACCAGAUCGCCCGCACCAAGCUUGACCCUCUGGAGCGCAAGCGUCGCGUCGACGAGAUCCGCGCCGAGGUCAACUACGAGCAGGACGCCUACCUGCGUGCCUGGGGCGUCUCGGUCGACCCGCAGCCCCUUUCGGCCGAGGCUCGCGUCAUCCCUCAGCCCGACGUGAGCUACGCCUCGGGCUCGCAGCGCCCGCGCAUCAACAACGGCUCCUGGAAUCUCGUCGGCGCUCGCUUCUUCCAGCCCGGCGAGGAGCUCAUCACCUGGGGCGUCCUCGACUACAGCCGCCACCCGCCCAACACGGUGGAGGACUUCGUCGUCGCCCAGGUCGACUCGCUCCAGAAGUUAGGUCUGCGCAUCCGCAACACGCGCCCGCUCAUCCAGAAGUGCCGCGUCGAUCACGACUCCGACGUGGUGGCCAAUCAGAUGCGAGAGUUUGGCACGACAGUUUUCAGAAGGCUCAAGGAGGCGACGGGCGUCAAGCCCCCUCCGCCGCAGCUCUUCCUGAUCGUGCUCGACGCGCAGGAUCAACCGUUCUACAACACGAUCAAGAAAGUCGCUGCGCUCGAGCUGCACACGCCCGUCGCCACGCAGUGCGUCAGUGCACACAAGGCGUUCAACAUGCGCGGCCGCCCCCAGUACGUCGCCAACGUCGCGAUGAAGAUCAACGUGAAGCUGGGCGGCACCAACCACGUCGUCACCAGCGAGCGUGACUUGCCUCGCUUCGGUCGUCAGACCAUGCUCAUUGGCGCCGACGUGACGCACCCUGGCCCGGGUUCGGAGAAGCCCUCGAUCGCCGGUUCGGUCGCCACCAUCGACGGCGGCCAGAGGCGAUACUCGUCGGAGCUUCGCAAGCAGACCAACCCGCGCGGCGGCGCCGUCCAGGAAGUCAUGCUCCACUCGAAGGGCAUGAUGCUCGGACAUCUCAGGAAGUGGCAGGCGGCCAACCAGGGCCGACUGCCCGAAUCGGUGGUCUUCUUCCGCGACGGCGUUUCCGAAGGCCAGUACCAGACGGUGCUGGACCACGAGCUGGCGGCCAUCAAGGAUGCGGCGCGCGAGCUGCGCCCCGACGCCAAGGUCAAGGUGACGUUUGUGGGGUGCGGCAAGGGCCACCACGUACGCUUCUUCCCCAAGGACCCGCGCGACGUGGCCGGCGACAGGUCGGGCAACCUGCCUGCGGGCACGUGCGUCGACAAGAACAUCGUGUCGCCCUUUGGCUUCGAUUUCUACCUGCAGUCGCAGGCCGGCCUGGUGGGCACGGCGCGCCCGUGCCACUACGUGGUGUUGCGCAACGAGAUGGAGUUCUCGAGCGAGCAACUCAUCAAAUGCGUCAAUUCGCUCUGCUACACCUACUGCCGCGCCACGCGCUCGGUCUCGCUCGUGCCGCCCGCCUACUACGCCGACAUCCUGUGCGAGAAGGCUCGUGCCUUCCUGUACGGCCCGGACGACGGCGUAACGACGGCCUCGUCGGAGCGCGGCGACACGGGCCCCGAAGAGAUCGGCGAGGACGACUCGAUGGAGAUCAUGGACAAGCUGAAGAAGAGCGCCACCUUCACUCAGUGCCUCUGGUUCAUGUAG